AUGUCCACAUGGCUGUCAGGAUCCUUCGAGGCCGGCUAUUCCAUAUCUCCCGUCCGGGGUAGUAUUAAAAGGACCCUUGAGACGCUACCAAGGGUACUGGCGUACUUCCCAAGCACUUCAUCAAUUUGCAACCAAGAUCGCCCCAUCAUGAAGCUUUUCGCGCCUGUUGCUGCGCUACUUGCGCUGGGAUUGUCCGGCACUAACGCCUCUACGAUACCUUUGACUAAGCGAACAAUCUAUGGACCGGGCGGCAUCAUGACUCCCGGUCAAAACAUCAGCGCAAUCACAGCUUGGACAUAUGCCGCGUUUGCGCACGCGACAAACACGAUAUCCAACAGCACCACAGAGUUGACGUAUCUGUGCAAGAACUUUGACGACUUAUCGUCGCGCUACUACACCGCUUUUACUCAACCCAACGGAGAUGUGGCGAAGCUAGCAAAGGAAGCGAUAUGCAGUGCUUCGAAAGCCAAAAAUCCCUCGCCCCUUCCCGUUGCAAAAAACCAGCUAUGGUACGUGAAGUACUACACGGCAGGUGUUCUCAAUGCUCAGGCAUAUGCGGCAAAAACCCCCACACCUAAUUGGUUCUUCGAUAUGUGCUACUACAUCGAAGCUACCCUGUUGCGAGGCUUGUGGGCACCUUGCCUGGACACAGAUGAAGGGGGUGUUGACGUUGAGAGUGGUUUCUGUGCCUCCGCCGGAUACUACUCAAAGGGUCCUUUCUCCACAUACACCAGUGCUACUCAGCCUGCCGACAUCGCGCGUCAAGCCGACGUUCUGAUGUCGAAGGUUAUGGGAGCAGUAUUCAAACUUCUCGCCAAAGACACCUCACAGAUUGACUAUGUGUGCAACAACUGGGCGAAGUACGAGGCUGGAAUUGGGAAAACCGGAUUGGUAGCCAGCACACUUAAAGAGCAGGUCUGCGGGCAAAAGAAGGUCGUCGAGGUGAAGCAGGCGAAGGCGGAUCUCGCUAGCCAAAUGACUGAUCUCUUCAUCUUCCAGCUUCUGAAGGCUGGUAACACAGACGGCUAUUACGCGUACAUGUGCAGCACUUAUAGCGCGGAAGCUUUCAACAAGUUUGGAUUGAACGGAGCCAAGGUAGUCGACGCAUUCUGUAAAGCAGCUGCUUAG